AUGAACGUGUUGGAUGUAGAAGACGACAGCUUUCACGUCACACGUGAAGGCUACUCGUAUCUGAGUGACUCAGAAUGGGAGGUAGUCGGCCGCAUGAGUGUUCUCGUGGGCGAACCCGCCAUCAGUGGCAUGUUGGAGUCUCUAAGUAUAGACCAGCAACAUGCUGCUACCAACAAGUUCCUACAAGGGGAACUUGCAGUCGAAAACAGAAGAUAG